CACACAUACAGAGUACAGGAGCUGUUUGGAUAUUUCUAUGAGACCCAGGACUGGAGCUACAGUAGUCAUAUGUAAACAGAGAGAGACUACAACCAGUCACACAGGGACAGAAGAUGGCGUUCUGAACUAAUUACAUUUGAGUUGACAUGGUAAAGAGCAGAACGCCCCCCACGGGGCUGCAUGAUCACUGUGAGAAGUGCUACAAUCUGUUCUGCCAGGCCCCGGUGAACACCGCCAUCUCCUGCGCGGUUAUCAAAUGCCGUCUGCGCUGCGGCGCGUCCUUUCACAAGUGCAAGGAUGAGCAGCACCGGUUACUGUGCCUUGAGGAGAAGGUCCCCUGCCUGAACGUCGGCUAUGGCUGUCCCUUCUCCAUGCCUCGCCGCAGGCUAGCCCAACACCUGGAGGCCUGCCCUGCCAGCACCCUAAUCUGUUCCCAGCAGUGGAUCCGCUUCCCUGCUACAGAGACAGACAGCGGCAUCCAAAGGACAACACGAGCUGACCCCGACUAUGAGAAGCAGCUCAACGUGUCCACUGCCCUCAGAGACCAGGACCUUCUCUUCAGAUCCCUCAAGAUGAAGACUGUCUUCCCUGAGCUGAUGGAGAGGGUGGAAGAAGAAUCUGCUCAGAACACUAUAUUUGUAGGUGCCACAAGCCCUGCGGGAAAAGAUCUCAGAUUAUCAGACUCCUGCAAAUUAAUGGAGGAUGGAUGUGACAGUUAUGGAGAUGAUAGUCAGGUGACCACGGGGAGCCAGAUGACACCAGAGGAGAGGAAGAAUUUGGCAAAGAACAUGGACAUGACUUGCAGCAUUUAUGAGGCCACGUUGAGACGAAACGAGAAGGGAGGCCAGCGAACCUUCAGCAACAUGGACACGAAGCCCAAGCCCACAGAUAGUAAUGAAGAAAGGGCAUGCAGCUCAUCAAAUGGUCAUAGAGAGAUGGAUGAGGAUGGAUCAUCCAUGGAGUGCCGAAACAACAGAGCCACUGCAAGUGCUGUGGAAAUCAGCGGGUCUGGCCUGGCACCGUGGCAGGACGGUGUCGUGGAGAGACUGCGUAGAGAGGCCACCAUCGCGGACUACAACAUGUAUCUGCUUCACCAUGGAGCCAUGCUCAUAAACUUCGGUCAACUCGAUGCUUGCACACCACGAGAGAAGGACUUUGUCUACGGAAACCUGGAGCCGAUAGCGGUUCAGACCGUUCGCACGUUCAGCGUUCCCACGAGCUUCCGGCCAAAGCGGUUUCACGUGAAGGGCACCUGCUCACAGAUGGUCAGCCGAAGCGUUGACACGGCAGACCUGGGAGUUUCCGUAGAAGAUCUUUCAAAGUGCGAUGAGGUCAAGGUGACUUUGCUGUGCUUCUUGGAGAGAGAGCUGUUGGGCCACAGCAUCUCAGAGGGAGGAGGAGCUGACGGCCUCUACGUGGACAUUGGAACGCAGACCUACAACCUGCCAUCGGCGCCGUUCAAACCUGAAGCCUCGCUGGCAGACCUCCUCACAGACCAACACAAGGACCUGUAUGUCCAGGUCCAAGCUGAGGACAUUACCAGGAGACACAACUCUACCAACUCUGCCUUCAGUUUCCUCUGUGGCCACGCCUUCCGCCGCGAUGAGUACGCGACACACUUCAGAAAUGUGCACUUGGAUAUCCAGUCCUGUCUCAACGGCUGGUUUGAGCAACGCUGCCCGCUGGCUUACCUGGGCUGCGACUAUUGUCAAAGCAGGUUUCAUCCCAUGGGUCAGAGAGCCACUGUCACCUACCACCAAGAUCUCAGCAUGUUCACCCUCAAACCAGAGGGCCCCUCAUUGAUGUCCGACAAUGACAAGACCAUAAUGUCUGAGAGGAAACCUUCCCGUAACCUGGACCAUCUGAGCAAGCUUCCCUUUGAGAUCCUUCAGUAUGUGGCAGGGUACCUGGACAGCUUCAGUCUGUCUCAGUUGUCCCAGGUGUCGCAGCUUUUGAGGGAGGUGUGUGUCACACUCCUGGAGGUGAGGGGAAUGGUCUACCUGAAAUGGGAGAGGAAGACGUACUCGCAUGGAGGGUCGAAGUGGAAAUGUCGCAAGAAGGUGUGGGAGUUCAGCUCUCUGUUUUCUAAAGUCGAUCGAUGGUGCUUCGAUAACGACGUCACCUCCAUGUCUGAGCACCUGAAGGUCUGUCCGUUCUACCAGAGAGAGGAGCGCAGGGAGCCGGUGCAGCUGCCCAGUUCGGAGGGGCCCAGAGGGAGGCCUCGGGUUAAGAGCGUACCAAACCGGGUCAGAGAGUAGAUUAUGAAAUAUCUCAUCAAAAGGCUAACGGGACUCUCUGCACGUGUCCCCACCGAUUUGAAUCCUGGGCGUGAACAUGUGAACACCAGGCUAUUGGAGAGCAGCUGACUGGUUUUACAACAUAACAACAAUCACACAGAAUUGUGCCCUUGAGCAAGGUUUUGUAUGACAGCUUGACCCUGUAGUUCUCUCACUUUUGUGUGUGUGUGUGUGUUGUGUGACUGGGGAACUGAGCUGAAGAUACAGUUCUGUUGUUUAUUGUCUUAAUGGUCAAUAAAAUUGUAUUGUAGGCUUACUA